GUAUCACCACGUGUCGUGUUUGAAAAGAAUGGCCAGGUUUUGGAUUGUGGUGGGUCUCGUCUUGUUGUCUUCACUGAGUGUUCUGUAUGCCGAGGAACCUGAUGAGAAGAUACUGAUCACUAGGGCCUCUCGUGAACUCGAUCUCACUUCUCAAGUCGUAAAACAAGGGGUUUCGUUGACCAUUUUAAAUGAAGGCGACCUCCCGGCCAAUUCAUUUCUUUACACAGUUGACAAUGUCAUGAGUGACAAACUAGCCUAUAUUGAAGCAAAAGGGAAAACAAAGGAAUCUUUAUCCCUUGAAAAGACGACUGUUGGCUCUCAUCCCGGCGUCAUGACAUAUCGAAUUGAUUUUGCGUCUCCACUCACACCUAAAGAAACCACGAAUGUCGUUGUCAAUACUGUUUUCUCUCGUGUCAUUGCUGCCUUCCCUAAAGAGAUCACCCAGUUCGAAAAACAGUUUGUCCAGUUUGUUGGCAAUGCAUAUGUGUUCUUACCGUAUCGCUCAAAGACCCAAAAUACAGAAAUUAAAUUGUCUUCCUCUAAUAUCGAGUCCUACACACGCGUUAGUCCAGUCACGAGUGACGGAGCUAAAAUUAGCUAUGGGCCCUACACUGAUUUGGCCCCCUUUAGCAAUGCCCGCAUGACCCUUCAUUACGAGAAUAACAAUCCUUUCCUAACGAUAAAGUCCUUUGAACGAGUUAUACAGGUAUCUCAUUGGGGAGUCAUUCAAGUUGAAGAACACAUUCGUGUCCAUCACAGUGGGGCUUUGCUAAAGGGUUCUUUUUCUCGCUUUGAUUAUCAGCGUAAUCCUAACAGUGGUCAUAGCGCUGUCAAGAGUUAUACCACAUUGUUGCCUGCUGCUGCCCAGGAUGUGUAUUAUCGGGAUGAGAUUGGUAAUAUCUCAACAUCGCACCUUAGGAACUCUGAAGAUUAUACUGAGCUAAUCAUAAGACCAAGGUUUCCAUUGUUUGGUGGUUGGCAGACAUACUACUACAUUGGCUAUAAUGUCCCCACUUAUGAGUAUUUGUAUCACCAGGCUAGCCAUUUUGUCCUGGACAUGAGAUUUGUAGAUCACGUCUAUGAUGAUCAGGUCAUAGAUGAAGCCACUGUCAAAAUUAUCCUUCCUGAAGGCUCCAAGAAUAUUAAUUUCCUACCACCUUACCCUGUGCAUGAUCAAGCUACCUCUGUUCAUAGCACCUAUCUUGAUACUGUUGGUCGUCCUGUCAUUAUUGCUAAAGCAUAUAAUCUGGUAGAACAGCAUAUUUUGAAUUUUCAACUGGAGUAUGACUUUGAGUCUUACCUGUUGCUUCAGGAACCGUUUUUACUCAUUGGCGCACUGUUCUUAUUCUUUUUAUUUAUUAUUUUCCUUGUCCGUCUUGAUUUCUCAAUCACUAAGGAUCCAGAAGUCGUGGCUCGGCAACAGGCAGCUGUUUUAAAAGAGAACAUUGUCAAUUUUGUUGACAGUCGUUUUAGGUUAGUGGAUCAGUUUCUUGGUGCUGUUGAGUCAUUCAAGAAGAGUAAAAAUCACCGUGCUUUUAAUUCAACUUGCAGUGAUACAUUGGAGCGUUUUGCUGCCUAUGGUAAGAACAUUGAGGCUCAACAAGAUCAGUUGAGAAAGAUUGAUAAUGAAGCCAGUACUAAAGUAACAACCAUUGUAAAGAAAAUGACUGAAAUUUCGGACAUAUUGAGUCAACUGCGUUCCCAAGCUGAUGCUGCUGUAUCUGGGCGCACUAGUCAACAAGCUUAUGCUAAAGAAGAGGAUGCUAGCAAGAAGAAGUUAAAGCAAUCCAGGAGCGAAGUGGAGUCUUUGGUCCAGACUCUGUGAACUUUUGUUGCAUUUUUCAAUUGAUAGGCAUUGCUCCUUUGAUUCCUAGUUCUUUUCUUAUAAUAAAAUACACAUAAGCUAAAGAAACUUCCUAACUGAAA